UAAGAUGGCGCUAUCCCCCCAUCAGUAUGGUUUUUAAUGUUCGUCGAGAUGAGUGUGUGCGAUACUCCCAGUAAGAGUUCAAAAAUGGACAAAAAGUCCCUGACGCCUUUCACGAAAGUGCGCCGCAAAAACUGGCAGCAGGAAACGGCCUCCUACAAAAAUGCAAAGACCAAGAGUCAGGUGCUUUGCCACAGCAGCGGCGACAGGUUUAUACCGAAGCGAUUCCAGCAGGAUGCCGUCGAUCUCAAUCUGAAGUUUAUUGGCCAGCGCGAAGAACGUGAUAUUCUGGAAACGGGCGCCCUGUGGACUGCCAGCUAUUGGCGGCAGAGCGGCUUUAUCUCAGCCAUCAACAGCACUUUCGGCAUCCAGGAACGUCGCCUGCUGCAGUUCAGCAGUUUGCAGGGCUCUUCGCCGGAAGCAGUGACCAGUGGGUCAGCAGACUUUGACUGGCCAUGCAAUCCGAGACCAAGGCCGAUUGCCAUUCAGGUUGCCACCCACGAAAUGCCAGGCAUUGUCAGUCCCGUUGACUAUAAUAUGAUGGAUUGGUCGCCCAAAGACAUGGUGGCCAUCUCAUCCGGCCAGGACAUCAUGCUAUGGCACAACCUUGACGAGACCACCAUGAUAUUCAGUGUGGACUCACCGACUGCCCUGAGGUAUUCGCCAAAUGGCAAGUAUCUGUCCAUUGGCUGCUUCGAUGGCAACUAUCCAGUCCUGGAUCUCUGGGAAGUCAAAUCAAACAUGGAGUUCGAGGUGACGUACCGCAAGUUUUUCCUCAAGUCCAUUGGCUGCAUCACCUGCAUCGAAUGGUCACCCGACGGCGAACAGAUUGUUUGUGGCACCAUGACUGGGACAAUCAUGGUGCUUGCCAUGCCAAAGCUGAAAUCCAAGCUGAUUCGCGAGCACCGCGAGAAGGUCACCAGCAUUAAGUUUAGCCCAAACCAAAAGUAUUUUGCAUCCAGUGACAACAGCGGCACCAUUUACAUAUUCGAUGGGGGUCUGAAGAAGCACAUACUGAAGCUGCGUGGCAGAUCUGUUGUUUUCGAUUGGCAUCCCUGGACGGGCGAGGAUAUGGUGGUGGCGGAACGUCGUCCUGCCUCCAUAUUCAUCCUGAACAUCCCACGUCGCCAGUUUGUUGCCUCGUAUAAACGAAGAGAUCACAAAAUCACCAUAAAGACGGUUACCUUUAGCAAGAUUACGGGCGAGUUGCUGGUCAACGUCCUUCGGCCCGUAUCACCCGAUGACAUGAACUGUGUGACGUGUGAGAUCUUGGUAUUGGCCUCACUAAAUCGAUUGGUGGACCUCAUGUGCAACUCUGAACGCGGCACAAUAUUUCUUAUGUGGAAUCCGGAUGGGACAAACAUCGCCACGGUCGGCCUGGACGACACCUUCUCGGUGUGGAGCUUCAUACCCCCACACAGGCGAAGAGCCAUUCUUCGGGGGAAGGAGCAACAGGGAGCCAAGGAAAAGAGCAGCUCCCUGAGCCUCUUCAAAGGAAUGCGGUGAUCCAGCUGGCUGGUUUCUCCUGCAAUCUAUUUUUUAAUGCGUUUUUUUAUGCUUAGGUUAUUCUUCGUAUGUAUGUAUGUUUAUUUUCAACCAAUUGUAUGUGUGUAUGUUUCACUAAUUAUUCAAAUUCAAGUAUAUUGCUUCCAUAAAAA